UGUCUUCUGGUUUUUCCACUUUCUGCACCUUUUCGAUCAUACUAAGAAUCUUCACAUUCUUUGCCAACAUCAUGAAACACCACCCGGCCUCCCCCCGCCGCCCUGACCCCCCAGGUUUAAGCAGUCAGUUUGCAUUUGUUUGUCAGAGAUGGAUAAUUCCGAGGAUGAAUUCCAUCAGCCGUGCUCUCCAGAACGCGCGGCGCGCGAGCGCAGCAGCGAAACCAGAAUGAAGCACUUUCAUCUUGGAGGCGGGGCCGCGUCCAAAAACUCCUCCAACAAUGGGCUACGGCUCUGUAGUGGGGGGCAGUCUGAGAGUCCAGGUGCCAGCAGCAGCUCUGUCCGCGCGUCCCUGCGCCCACGCGGCCAAGCACGCGGCUCCCACGCCCUCCAGAGCACAGAGUCAGAGGCAGCCGGGACGGGGCCGGGGGCAGUCGGUAUGCUAUGCAACAAGAACGGAGACUGUCGAAGGGAUCCGGCCAAUUCCGGGAGCCUGUCGUCCCUCAUCUCCCGACAGGAGAGGCAGGCAGAUGGGGCCGUAACAAGUGAGGACAGCGGGAGCCCGGCCGCGGGCAUGGAUGGCUCCGUCACUUCAGCGGGGCCCCCAACACGGGGCCCCGUAGCUGAGGUCAAGGGCGCAGCGGCAACAGGGAAAAGGGAGUCCAGAGUUUCCUUCUCCAACGCCCCAACCGGUAAAGGACAGCCCCCGGAGCAGCAGACGAGGCAUUCGGUGACUUUCAUCAAGGCGGAGGACGGCUCUCAGAUCGUCCCGGAGGAUGGGGACUCUAGAGGGACCCAGACUUACAUGCAGCGGCAGUUCAGCUCCUUGCUGCAGCCCGGAGUCAACAAAUUCUCCCUGCGCAUGUUUGGCAGCCAGAAGGCGGUGGAGAAGGAACAGGAGCGCGUAAAGUCCGCGGGUAACUGGAUCAUUCAUCCAUACAGCGACUUCAGGUUUUAUUGGGACUUUACCAUGCUAAUGUUCAUGGUGGGGAAUCUGAUCAUCAUUCCUGUGGGCAUCACCUUCUUCAAGGAUGAGACCACCACGCCCUGGAUUAUCUUCAAUGUCAUCUCUGACACCUUCUUCCUAAUGGAUCUGGUGCUCAACUUCAGGACAGGGAUCGUGUUUGAAGACAACACAGAGAUCAUCCUCGACCCCAAGAAGAUCAAGAUGAAGUACCUGAAGAGCUGGUUUGUGGUGGACUUUGUGUCCUCAAUCCCUGUGGAUUAUAUCUUCCUCAUCGUGGAGAAGGGGAUCGACUCGGAAGUGUACAAGACGGCUCGGGCGCUCCGGAUCGUCCGCUUCACUAAAAUCCUCAGCCUGCUGCGUCUGCUCAGGCUGUCAAGACUCAUCCGAUACAUCCACCAGUGGGAGGAGAUCUUCCACAUGACCUAUGACCUGGCCAGUGCUGUGGUGCGAAUCUUCAACCUUAUUGGGAUGAUGCUGCUCUUGUGCCACUGGGAUGGCUGCCUCCAGUUCCUGGUUCCCAUGCUGCAGGACUUUCCACCUGACUGCUGGGUUUCCCUCAACAACAUGGUGAACGACACGUGGAGCGAGCUCUACUCCUUCGCCCUCUUUAAAGCCAUGAGUCACAUGCUGUGCAUCGGCUACGGCAGGCAGGCUCCAGAGAGCAUGUCCGACAUCUGGCUGACCAUGCUGAGUAUGAUCAUCGGAGCCACCUGCUACGCCAUGUUCAUCGGCCACGCCACGGCGCUCAUCCAGUCGCUGGACUCCUCCAGACGUCAAUACCAAGAAAAGUAUAAGCAGGUGGAGCAGUACAUGUCCUUCCACAAACUACCUGCUGACUUCAGGCAGAAAAUCCAUGACUACUACGAACACCGGUACCAGGGCAAGAUGUUUGAUGAGGAGAGCAUCCUGGAGGAGCUAAAUGAGCCUCUGCGCGAGGAAAUCAUCAACUUUAACUGCCGUAAGUUGGUCGCCUCCAUGCCGCUGUUCGCCAAUGCCGAUCCCAACUUUGUGACGGCCAUGCUGACCAAACUGAGGUUUGAGGUAUUCCAACCCGGAGAUUACAUCAUCAGGGAGGGGACGAUCGGCAAAAAGAUGUACUUCAUCCAGCACGGGGUGGUGAGCAUCCUGACCAAAGGGAAUAUCAGCAUGAAGCUGAUGGAUGGAUCCUACUUUGGAGAGAUCUGCCUGCUGACCCGGGGAAGACGGACCGCCAGUGUGCGAGCGGACACCUACUGCCGCCUCUACUCUCUGUCUGUGGACAACUUCAACGAAGUGCUGGAGGAGUACCCCAUGAUGAGGAGGGCCUUUGAGACGGUGGCCAUCGACAGACUGGACCGGAUCGGUAAAAAGAAUUCCAUUCUGAUGCACAAAGUUCAACACGAUCUCAACUCAGGAGUUUUCAACAACCAUGAAAACGAGAUGAUCCAGGAAAUUGUCAAGUAUGACCGAGAGAUGGUUCAGCAGGUGGACCUGUCCCGUCCGCGGGCCGGGACGCCGCCUCCGCCCGCUGGAGUCUUUACUCCUCCCUUUGCUCAGCACAGAGAUUCAGCCGUCGCCACGCUGCAGCAGUCCGUCGCCAUGAACUUCUGCCCCCCCAUGCAGGGGAACCCUGUGGGGAACCUGCAGUCUCCCAGGAGGGUGAGAAGAUUUCAGGUAGUGCAGAGCGUGUCCAGCCCCGUCUCAGCUUCCCCCCUGCAGUCCCAAAUCCUGGCUUCCGGUGCCUUUGCCCCUGUGUUGGCCAGUCCCCCUGUCCAAAGCCCGCUGGCAGCUGGGGGGUGGUUGUUCCAGUACGGAUCCAGCAGCCUUGGUUGUCACAUUUCGGGCUCCCAGCUGUCCCUGGGCCAGCAGCACUUUUCCAGCCCGGCCCACCGGCCCGGCACCCACAAGAGCGCCCACUGUUUGCAAACGGGUCACCUGAACCAGGAUGGGAGGGCCCUCUCCGCCUCCCAGCCCUCCCUGCCCCAUGUGGGGCCACAGCCAGGGGCCCCCAGCCCCCCUCAGUCUACAUAUGUGUCAUCCACCUCUAUCGGACCCCCCCAGAAUUCAGUUCCUCAGUCAAGUGUUCAGAGCACAUUACCACACAGAGCGGUCCCCCACCAAACGUCCGUGGGGGCUUUUCCUAGAGUGUCUUUGCCUGGUUCUUUCCAUGGCUUCACAGCAGUGGGGGGCACUGACACAGGUCAGGGGGGGGCAGGACUCCCCAGGAAAGACUCUGAGCCUCCAGAGAAGGACCACGUCAAAGUGAGAACCAGACUCUCCUCAAACUUGUGAACUUUUGAAGGAGAGCUGCUCCCUGAGGAGGAACCCCCUCCUUUUGUCUUACCUGGUUGACUAUCUGAAUGUUUGAGGGAGGGGGGGGGGGGCAUCUGACCCAGGCUCUUCUACCCCCCCAAUGCAGCCACAAUACUUUUCUGCUUACCAAAGUAGUAGCACUGAAGCUAAAGUAGCAUCUUUCGACAGCAUCUUGGGGGGGGGGGGGCUAAAUUGCUACAUCUCUGCAAUAUGAACCUGAAGAUGUACCUGAGGGGUAAAAACAUAUUUUUGGAGUAAAUUAUUAAACACAAUAGAACAAUUAUUAACUUGACUCCAAAUGUUCCUAAUUUUCUUCUGUUCCAACAGUAAAUUAUUUAAAUAUUUCCACUUUUGCCCUCAGUGCAGACAGAAAAUCUAAACAUAAAUGUGAACUGUGAGGUUUUCUGCCCACAGACUGUUUCUUCUCUGUUCUGCAAACACAGAUGUUGGUAAAAUUGUUGGAACCAAAGCUAAACAUUUCAGAGUUUUCUGCAUUUGCCACACGUCGUUCCAUCUUCAGACGGCCUCUGCAGCCUCUGGUCAGUGGAGCAUUUGAGCCCAGAAGUUUUGCAAAGAAAAAACUUUUUCAUGUCUUUAUUUAUGUUUGGAGUCGUCAUGAGGGGCAUCAGUCCACGCUUUGUUCAAAUAUUCUGUUGCUUCUGGGAUCUGUCAGCAAAUGGGAAUGAUUUUUUUAAACCAGCAGCAGGAAUUUUCCUAUGACGGUUCCAGCAGACACGGAUCUGUAGCCGAACUGAAGCUGCUCCUGCUGCUGGUGAGACUUUGUGGAUAGCCAAGGUCGGCUGUGGUUAUCAGUGAUCUGCAUGGAUGAACGCACACACACACAUGCAUACACAUGUAUACACAUAAAUAUGUAUUCCUCUAGAUGCAGACAUACACACAGACAUGCAUAGACUCAUAAAGUGCAUCUGCAGAGUCACACACGUCUCCACACAAAACACUGUAAUCUUUGUUAUUUGAAAGAAGACAGUUUUAGUUCUGCUUCUAUUCUUUCUUAUUGGUCUGCAGUUUUGAAUGACCGUCAGGCAUGUGUGACGAUGCAGGAAGCGUGUGUGAGCGGUUCAUCUCGUCAGCAGGUCAACACCAUGAAUUCACUCACUAAUUGGUGAGCUCACUUUAGUGGGUAGUCGCCAUUUUCUUCAGGGUGUUCAAAACUACAAUUCCAAAAUCCAGUGGCCUGGAAAAUUCCCAGAAGUCUCUACGAAAAACCAGAGUGGAUUGUUUUAGAUUAGAUUGGAUUGGCGCAUAUAGACCACAAUGCAUUGCAUUUAAAUGGUUUGUCACAAAAUGCAAAGUAUUUUCUUUUAUAAAUAAUCCAUCAUCAGAACAUCAUCAUAGAUUCAUGAAUAGUCUUCCUAAAAUGCUCAUAUUUAUUAGGUUUUCACUUCAGCAAUUAGGUAUUUCAGUUGAAAGUAAACGUCGCGGCCGUUCCUUCAGCAUCACGGUUUGGUUUUACCAAACAUGGUCAGACGGCUCCAUCUUCGUUCCAGGCAUCUUGAGGCAUUCUCAGAUGGAACCUGCGUUAAAAACAGCACGUCUGGUCAACCGUGAGGAACCUGGACCAGUUCUGAAGGGUUCUCCUUAAGUUCUGGGUUUACUGGUUUUCAUCAGAGAUUUUCUCUGCUUAACGUCACGAAUCUCCUCUGGAAUCUCUCCCUCUCUGGUUCAGAAUGCGCUGCCAGUAAGACAACACUUGGAUUGAUCAAUAUCUCACAGACUCAUUACUGAACUCAGCCCCCUCCCCCCCUGGGGUCUGUUUCUGUCAGAAACGUCUUGGUCUUGGUUUCUUCAGCACCUCUGCUGCCGACAUGCUCCUGUUCUGCAGAACUCGGUGCCUCGCUAAAACUGUCAUCUUCACAUUCAAGCAACAUAUUCAGAGUGUGGCUUAAUCGUGAGCUCCUCACACACAUUUAUGUCACUAAAGCUGCAAUCCAGAUGACAAAAUAAAAGAUGUUUGGAUAAAAUA